AAUUUAGCAGCCGGAGGUGACGUCAGCAAGCUGCCGCUUCUGUCUUUGUUGACUCCUGACGAUAACAUUAAAUAGAAAGCGAGACCUUAUGAUUGUUUUGUAUGUAUUAUCGGUCAACUCUGUAAGACUCUUCAGAUCGAUCAGUGUUUAUGCGAACUCGGUUUAUCAGUCUAUUAGAGCAGUAAUGUCUUUGUGUCGUCGCCGGUGAAGUUGUAUGGAAAAGUCCUCAAGCGGAUUUCAGCUCAACAAAGCAUCGUUGUCGGACUUGCCUUAAAGUUUUCAUCAUGAGUGCGUAUAUUUUAUUGCAAAGCAGCACUAAUAUGAGUGACAUCGUGAGAUCGGAGUAUCAAGGCUGUGUGAACGGAUCCAUGAUGGACGGAUUUAGUAUCUUUAUUCAGGGUUUGUUAGCACUUCUCGCCUUCAGCACGUUAAUGUUAAAGAGGUUUCGUGAACCUGUUGGAGUAAGACGGCCAUGGAAAAUCUGGUUUUUUGAUACGUCUAAACAGGCUAUCGGUGCUCUUUUCAUGCAUUUUGCCAAUAUAUUCCUCUCCAUGCUCACCAGUGAAGAUCCCUGCUCCCUGUAUCUGUUGAACUUUCUGUUGGAUGCCACGUUGGGGAUGCUGGUGAUCUGGUUGGCGGUGACUGUGGUUUCCAAGCUAGUGGAGUACAGACAGUUAACACUACUAAAAUUUGGAGAAUAUGGUGACCCUCCUCGUGUUGUUGCGUGGUUGGCUCAGAGCCUUGUGUAUUUAUUCAUCAUUGCUGUGGAGAAAAGUGUGGUCACUCUGGUACUGCUUAUUCCUGGGUGGACCAGUCUGGAAGAGGAAGUGUUGGACUACAUCCCAAACCCACAGCUGGAGUUAGCUAUCGUCAUGCUUAUUGUGCCGUUUGUUGUUAAUUCUAUUAUGUUUUGGGUGGUGGACAGUUUAACAAUGAGGAAGUAUAAGAAGACAACAUCUCAGGAAGGUUCACGUGACAGUGCAAAGCAAGUAGAGGUGCCAAGUGUGUGUAGUGAUGAAGCUGAGGUGCUGCUGAAGGUAGAUGAAGAUGAUGAUACAGUGUGUUACGAAGACGAAGAGCACGUUACAAUAGAAAGGGAAAAAUUAUGAACUGGUAUGGAUGUUUAAAACACUAAUACAACUGAAGAGCUCAGAUGAAAAGUGCGUCUGACAUGUUUUCUUGUAAAGGAGAUUUUUUAUCAAACACAUAUGUAACAUAUAUAUGCAUAGUAUCGUUCAAUACAUUUUUUACUUAAAAUGUAUGUAACAUUUUGUAGUCACUACACAAUUCCUAUACCUCCAUUCACAUUAUUUAAUAGUUUUAAUGACCUUAUUAAUACUUUAUAAUGCAAUAAUCGCAAUAUUGAAUGUAUACAUUUUACCAUAUUGUCAAUUUAUAUUGGAAAUCAAGAUAUUUGAAAUAUAAAAUGGAGUAUUUGAAGAGAAAUGGUAUUUAAAUAAUUAAAGAGCAACAUUAUCUCCCACCUCCCCAUCCUUUAAAGUGAUGGUAAAGUUUGAACUCUUCAGAAGUUAAUAAAAGUAAAGAAGCUCAGAGUAAUAAGAGAGGAGGUGUAAUGUUUCUCCUGAUUAUAGUCAUUUAGACUUUUUAAUUUAAAGUCUAAACAGCUCAAGUCUCUACCUGUGAUGAACACUUUGCUGUAAACACACUGUGCUUUGACAUACUGGCAUACAUCAUGUCAUUAUAUGCAAUAGUUUUUCUUAUGAAAUAGAAAACGACUUGUAAAUAUUCAGUAUUUUGAUUGAAAGGCCAAAUUGGGGUGUUUUGCACCUUAAGUUUACACCAAAAUAUUGUACAGUACUCAGUUUUUAUUAAUUUGUGUUUUUGUAUUUUUACGCAUUCACUGUAAUGCACAGUGAAGUAAUUUAAUAUUCAUUGCGAAUGUACAGUAUACAUUUGUUUCUAUUUAAAGCUGUCAAAUUAUCUUGAUUUCUUGAAAUUGUAGUAUUUACCAUUUUAAGCAUGCUAAUGCAAUUUCUUUAUCUUUGUGUAUCUUUUGAUAUUUCUUAGAAAAUGAUAUUAUAUCUUAUUUUGAUGUUACAGAGUAAGUUAUCAAAAUGUGGUUAUAUGAAAGAAAGUCAUCUUUCAUUAAACCCAUACACAUUUUGUCAUAAAAGCACAGUUGUACUUUUUGUUCAUCCUGUUUAUUCUCAAACAAUCCCAGUAGAUGGUUUUCAAAAGAUUUCUUAUGAAACAGAUGUAGUUAUGGAUGCUGAUUGGUUAAAACUGUAUUUUGUCCAUGCUAAAAUAAUGUGAAACACCUGUUCACUUUGCUGUUGUGCAUAUGCAGCUGCGCUAGCAGUAUCUGUAGUAUCAUGGGUUUUAUAUCCGAAGGCUGCCACUUUGAAUUUGCUGGAUUAAAAUAAGCAUUUUAUUAUGUAGUAAUA